UGCCUGCAGAACUGGAUGGCUAACAACAGAUAAAAUGAAACAACAUCUGAUUUCACUAAAACUUGUUCGUUACUAGGUUGUUAGUCUGCUUUGUCUUCACCUUUAAGUGUUUCAUUGCCAUCUAUGAUGAUUUCCAAUCAAUGGCAGAGGCUAAUACUUUGUAAUCUUAGGCACUCCUGAUUCUGCUUCUUCUACCAAUCAAAAGGCUCUGUAGUGAGUAAAUUAAUUUGAUAGACUUGACAUCUUAAAUACAUUUGGAUAUCCAAUUUCACUACCUUCCACUUCCAAGCACUUGCAUUAAUAGGACACUUAGAUUGAUGAGAAGCUGCAGUGAUGGGUGUACAGAGUCAAGGCUUUGUCAUGUUCACAAUUGUGCCACUUUGCCUUGGUUGCGUUUUAGAUGAGCUUUUGCUGAACCCAGUUACUUACAAAAUGCAGGGCAUGCAUUCCAUUCUGCUGCACUCAAACUUCUUGGUUUUGGUGAUGAUGGAGAUACAGAUGCUGUUGACCAGAAUAGUCCCCCUGACAAGAGACAAGAUUAUAUGCCAUCGUCUGAUACAUAUAGCAGCAAAGGUAAAAAGAAAUCUAGUGAGGGAAUGCUUCAAGACCAUUAUGCCUUGUUGGGUUUAGGGAACCUACGUUUUCUGGCCACUGAGGAGCAGAUAAGAAGAAGUUACAGGGAGGCUGCUUUGAAGCAUCAUCCUGACAAGCUAGCUGCUCUUCUUCUUGCUGAGGAAAAUGAAACUGCAAAACAAGCAAAGAAAGAUGAGAUAGAGAAUAUUUUCAAAGCCAUCCAAGAAGCUUAUGAGGUCCUGAUUGAUCCUGUGAAAAGAAGGAUGUAUGACUCCACUGAUGAGUUUGAUGAUGAAAUUCCUACUGAUUGUGCACCUCAGGACUUCUUUAAAGUGUUCGGUCCAGCUUUUAUGAGAAAUGGUCGAUGGUCAGUUAACCAACCAGUACCAUCAUUAGGUGAAGAAAAUACUCCAUUGGAAGAAGUUGAUAGUCUCUAUGGUUUUUGGUACAGCUUUAAGAGUUGGAGAGAAUUUCCACAUGCAGAUGAGUUUGAUCUUGAGCAAGCCGAGUCUCGUGACCAUAAGAGGUGGAUGGAGAGGCAGAAUUCGAAACUUAGAGAGAGAGCGAAGAAGGAAGAAUAUGCACGAAUACGUACACUUGUUGACAAUGCCUAUAAAAGGGACCCUCGAAUUGUGAGGAGAAAAGAAGAAGAGAAGGCAGCGAAGCAAAGGAAGAAGGAGGCCAAAUUCCUUGCUAAGAAGUUGCAAGAGGAAGAAGCUGCUAGGCUUGCUGAAGAGGAGAGACGAAAGAAAGAGGAAGAAGACAGAAGGGCUGCUGAAGCUGCUUUGAAUCAGAAGAAAGUGAAGGAGAAAGAAAAGAAGCUCCUGCGUAAAGAGAGGACACGUCUACGAACACUCUCAGGACCUGUUGUAUCUCAACGUGUGCUUGAUCUUAUUGAGGAUGAUGUGGAGACUAUUUGUAUGUUAUUUGAGACUGAACAGUUGAGGAGUCUAUGUGAUGAGAUUGAACACAAAGAGGGGAUUGGACGUGCUCAACUAAUAAAAGAUGCAUUAGGAGGGAAUAGAAAUUCUGAGGAGCCAAAACAAGCUGAAAGGAAUGCACGACAGAAUGGGUCACCAGAAGUUAAGGGAAACGUGACUGUUGUCCAAUCAAAGCAAGAAAAUCUUUUAGGCAGCUAUGAGAAAAAGGAGAAACCUUGGGGCAGGGAGGAGAUUGAGUUAUUGAAGAAAGGAAUGCUGAAAUAUCCCAAAGGAACACCCCUUAGGUGGGAAGUUAUUGCAGAAUACAUUGGUACUGAAAGAUCAGUAGAAGAGAUCCUCAAGGCAAUGAAGACAGUUCUUCUACAGAAGCCUGACUCUUCCAAAGCUUUUGACUCAUUCCUUGAUAAGAGAAAACCAGCACAAACCAUUUCAUCCCCACUGCACAUGAGACAGCAGGAAGCUGAUGUCCCUGAGAAAGUUCCUGAGAUAGUUAAUUCCAAAAAGCCUUUGAAUAGCAAUGGAGCCCAGAACCACCCUGAAGCUUUGGUUGUUGCAAAUGGAGCUUCUUCAAGUACCGAACAACAAGAUGAGUGGUCUGCUGUUCAAGAAAAAGCACUAAUUCAGGCUUUAAAAACAUUCCCAAAGGAAACCAACCAGCGUUGGGAACGGGUUGCAGCUGCAGUUCCGGGGAUGACAGUGAUUCAUUGCAAGAAGAAGUUUGCUAUGUUGAAGGAGAACUUUAGAAACAAGAAAAAUGUGGAAUAGUUGGAUUUUUUUUUCUUCUUAAAAUGCAGUUCGGCUGUGUCACACUUUUACGGGAAUUGUUUGGUAUCUAGUCGGCAAGAUUCCUUCAUUUUGAAGAUUAAAUUAGCUUAAGCUACUUGGUAUACAGAGUAUUUUUCUCAGCAUCGGCUCUUACAUGUUGCACCACAUGGUAUCAUAUUUUUGAAAGAUGGGAGUUAUUCAUAUGAAAUAACACAGUAGAUUCUGGACUCUA